AUGCCACCACCACCGCCACCGCCUGCUGCUCCACAUGCGGCAAGGCCGGAGGGAGGUUUUCCACCACCACCACCGAUGCCUGCACCUCCGAGGAUUCCACAGGAAGUUGUGGUGGACUACUAUCCAUUCGUCAAGGAACUCCGAGCCUUGGGCACUCCGGAGUUUGAGGGUUCUCUUAGCCCCAAGGCAGCAGAAGACUGGAUCAUCAAGAUCACCCACCACUUCAACUACAUCAGGUGCCCGCUGGAGUACUGCACUGAGUUAGUGAGUCGUCAUCUGGCUGGCGCGGCUCGCCAUUGGUGGGAGGAAGUUGUACGUGAGGCUCCCGCAGGACACCAAUUAUCGUGGGAAGAGUUCCGGACGGAGUUCGAGCAGAAGUACUACCGGAGGCAAGAUCAGGGUCACCGUAUUACGGAAUUCCUUCGCCUUGAACAGGGUAAUAUGACUGUUCGAGAGUACGAAGCGGAAUUCAACCGACUGUUGAAGUAUGGAGGCCACCUAGUGCACACCGAGGAGUACAAGAUCCAGAAAUUCAUUGCUGGGUUACGUGCUUCUCUCAGGAGGAUAAUCGAGUGCCAUGAGUACCAUAUGUUGAGUCGGUACAUCAACCAACUCGAGAAAGUGGAACGAAUCGAGAAGGAGAAGAUGGAUGCCAAGAUACAAGACUGUGGUCCAUACAGGAGAGAGCCAGUCAACCGUCCCCCAGUGAGGAUUGGGCAGACGAGUCAACCCCGCGACAAGGGGAAGGCUCUAGCGUUUCGCACCACGAGCCCGACCCAACCAGUACAGUAUAGGAGGCCCUGUGCUAAGUGUGAGUAUCUGGAGGAGGCUGAUGUUGCCGCUAUCACAGGUAUCAUUUGCAUACACGAUGUUGCAUGCGUCACUUUGUUUGACACAGGAGCUACACAUAGCUUCUUGAGUGAGAAAAAGGCAGGAGAGUUGUCAAUCACGGAGAUCGAUACGACUACACCUUUUAUGGUGUGUACACCUGUGAGACAGACUCUUCCAGUACAGAGGAUUUUGCAUUGCAUGCCCUUGACUAUCUGUGGGAUGAUGUUGAAUGCAGAUCUUAUCGUCGUACCUAUCCGGGAUUACGACUUAAUACUGGGAAUGGAUUGGUUGUCGAAGCAUCAAGCCCAGAUUGACUGUCGUCAGCGAACUAUUUGGUUCACUGAGGAGAGUGGAGGAUUCGAGUUCGUUGGGAACAGAUCACGGAAGGUGUAUCCCAUUAUAUUAGCUCUGAAGGCUAACAAGAUGAUCGAGAAAGGAAAUGAAGCCUUCAUGGUUGUAAUCACAACAACGAAGAAGCAGAGGCAAGGCUGGAAGAUACUGCUGUGGUUCGGAAAUUUCCCGAUGUGUUUCCUGAUGAACUACCCGGACUACCACCAGAACGGGAGGUAG